AUGCCGGCGCGGGACCGCAACCAACCCGACGACCGUCAAGGCUCAGAGAGCUCUGGAAAGAGCUGGAUGUCUCAAGGUACCGUACGAAACUCUGAAGGCCAGUCUCGAGAUCAAGACGAGGCCUCUGCAAGAGGUUACAAUGCCGAGCCGUUUCUGGGUUCCUUGAAAAUGGACUCCAAGCCUGACUCAAAACCCCCUCGGAUUGAUUGGGGAAAUUCCAUGUGGUCAUGGAACUCCCCCGACAUUUCCCCCACUGAACAACGCAGAGGUUUCAGCAAUCAUCCCGAUGCUUUGGUUGUCCCAAGCAACCGAGAUAGUCCGUCUCAAUCAUCUGUCUCGAGUCCCCGACCUCCGCCCCUUCACCCAUCUCGCCUCGAUCCCGAUGAGCUCGAGUCGAUUGCCCCAUGGUCCACAGCCCCCAGCAGUGGUCCGACAGAUGCCAGUGGUACUUUUUAUAACGAUUACUCUGAGCACGAAGCCUCGCCUGCAUCAUUCACAUUUCGUCCCACGACCGGACGGACAUUCGCAAGCGAACCCGCUGAGUUGGAAUAUCAUAGAGACAAUCGCCGACCAUCUGCUGCAAGCGCCACCACAGUCAGUAGCCAGGGGUCCAGGUCUAGUAUCAGCCAGAAGUUUCGAAAGAAGCAUUUAAAAGGUCUACUUGGGGAUGACUAUCAUUCGCCUGGGGAGCUUCAAACCUAUGACGAUGGAUCCCAGAACCCGUCGAGCAGGCGUGGGGGACCACUCGACCAGUUGAAGACGCGAGAGAGAGCGAACUCAGAUGGUUCGCGCAAUACACCCGAUGACUCUAAUUCCUCCCAACGUCCCCAAAGGCCACGGGAAAAUACUACUUUGCCCUCUAGUGACAUCACUCCGUGGGAUUAUCAGAGCUUCAAUGACAUCCCGCAGUAUGGGGAGGCACCGGUGCGCCAUGUACCUAUCGCACCCGAUGGGAAGCGUCUUCCAUCUCUAGAAAAUGGUACAUCGGGCCAGAGGGAGCCAAGCCGACGGGGACCUGGCAAACAUCGUCCUUCACGAAGCAAAGAAGAGAAUCCGACUCUUGCUGGCGAUCUGGCAUGGUCCCAACCCCGACCUGCUACUGGCAGAGACGACAUCGGAGUACGGCCGUUUAAUGAGAACUACUUGCAUUCAGUGACUGACAUGAGUGACUCUACUGUAUUUGGAGGCCGAUCAACAAGUCCAACACCCAGUGUGCGUAGCACGUACCGAGACCAUGAUCGGAAUUCACGGCAUCCCGGAAUCGGCGGGUUUGUUAAAAAGAUCCUCGGGAAGUCGCAUGACAAAUCGAGAAACUCUUCCCCGCCGCGGCGCGAUAGGCAAGGAAGCUUCGAAGGGAAUACUCCCUCCAGAUACCCAGAGUCGGUAGACUCGGACCGAAAGAAAGAGCCUGGGAAGGGUAUGGCUGUCGGAAGAAAGCUUGGCGCCCGUCGUGUGUUCACUCAUCAAGGUGGCGGCGACCCUUAUAACCCUAACAAGGAUGACAAAAACCAAGAGGAGAGCAAGCAUUUCUUCCACCUUGACGUCGAUAUGGAAAACCUGAAAGGGAUUGUCCGUCCACCUUCGCCAGGGCAAAUGAAGCGUGCGAGGGAUGGAACGAUCACACCCGGCGACGAUUCCAAAAUCGAAAAGCCGUGGAAUGCCCCUGAAAGUUGGCAGGUCAGGGGGCCCAUUGACCCUACCUUAGAAGAACCUACUUUAGAAGAACCUGCCCCUGUUGGCCCUCGUGAACGUGAGGCUUCGUACUUUAUUCGGAUCUUCCGAAUUGAUUCUACUUUUGCCACACUAUCAGCUGGCCUGAAUGCUACCGUGUCCGAGAUCCUCCUGAUGCUUGGUCGGAAGUCUUUCUUGCAAGAUCAUCUCAACAAUUAUGAGAUUGUUCUACGGAAAAAUGAUCUUUCACGGCAACUUGACCACAAUGAGCGACCUAUUCAAAUGCAAAAGCGACUGCUGGAACAGGUUGGCUAUACGCAAAAUGACCGUAUCGGAGAUAUUGGCCGCGAGGAUCACAGUUAUCUCUGUCGCUUUAUCUUCUUGCCGACCAAACUUAGCGGUUACAGCAGUCUCGAGAGUGAACCAGGUUUUAACAAAGCACAAAAGUUCAGCCAUGUGGAUCUCCAAGGCCGCAGUCUUGUGACUAUUCCAAUUACGCUGUAUGCAAAAUCCUCCGAGAUCAUCUCACUGAACUUGUCAAGGAACUUGUCACUGGAUGUUCCUAAAGACUUCAUUCAAAGUUGCAUUAAUUUGCGAGAGAUCAAGUUUAUCGGGAAUGAGGCUGCAUUCCUCCCACAAAGCUUUGGUUUAGCCUCCCGAUUGACCUAUCUGGAUGUGUCAAACAACUGCCUUGAGGACUUGGAUCAUGCAGGUCUUGAUCGGCUGACUGGCCUUGUCAGCAUCAAAAUGGCAAACAAUCAGCUAACCAAGCUUCCCAGCUCUUUCGGCAAUUUCCAAAACCUGCGAAGCCUGAACAUGUCGUCAAAUGGUUUCAAGACCUUCCCUGAUUUCCUUUACAACCUCAAGAGUCUGGUUGAUCUGGAUAUCAGCUUCAAUGGUAUAGAAGAACUUCCCAAUAUUGGCCGCUUGGCCACUCUCGAACGCCUUUGGAUGACAAACAAUAAUUUGAGCGGGCCUCUCGAUGAUUCCUUCGGGAAAUUGGUGAAUCUCAAGGAGUUUGAUGGACGCUUCAAUGCUAUUACCAACAUCGAUGCUCUCUCUAGUCUUCCACGCCUAGAGCAGAUAUUCUUUGGUCACAAUCUUCUAUCACGUUUCAAGGGCUCAUUUCCAAGGUUGCGGAGUUUACAUCUGGACCACUGCCCUAUGACGCAAUUUGAUGUUGACGCUCCUAUGCCAACAUUGACUUCUCUAAACCUCGCCUCUGGCAAGCUCUCCCAAUUCAAGGAUACCAUUUUCGAGAAUUGUCCGAAUUUGACGAAGCUGGUCCUUGACAAAAAUCACAUUUCCUCUGUUUCGCCCCAGGUUGGCAAGUUGCGUCGACUGGAACACUUUAGUAUGAUCAAGAACCCACUGUCGUCUUUGCCUCCAACUCUGGGUUGCCUUGCGGAGCUCAAGCUUCUUAAUCUGAGGGAGUGCAACUUGACAUCUCUGCCAGCUGAAAUCUGGCAUUGUGCUAAGCUGGAAAUACUUAACAUCUCCUCAAACAUUCUGUCGACCUUUCCAAAAUGCGGUGCUCCGUACCCUCAAAUGCCCGGUGAGCCUACAAACACACCUGGGGCCACACCGGGCAUUGGUAAAAACCCUAGCUAUGAGGAUAUGGGCCCACGGGAUGAACCAAGUCUACGUCGACCUAGUCAACCAUCGAAUGGUGUUAUGAAUUCUGUAUCAUCAAACGGAUAUCGGAAUCCUUCAACUACUCAAUCCGGUAGGAAGGUAUCGGCGACGUCGCGAUCAUAUACAGAUCCGAACUCGGUGUCUCGGAAGGACUCAAACUUCUCUCAGCAGAUGGCAAUGACGUUUGCGGCAUCCCUUCGAACACUUUCGCUUGCCGACAACAGACUUGAAGAUGAUGUUUUCCGAGAACUAUCCUUACUCCCAGAGCUGCGUAUUGUCAACCUUUCCUAUAAUGACCUGACGGAACUACCCCAAGGGAUUCUCAAAAGGUGGCCAUUGAUUUCUGAGCUGUACCUGUCCGGUAACGAGUUGACCUCUCUCCCAUCGGAUGACCUAGAAGAGGGAAGCAACCUGAAAGUUCUUCACAUCAACGCCAACCGAUUCCAAGUCUUGCCUGCAGAGCUUUGCAAGGUUAGCAAGCUUUCUAUUCUGGAUGUGGGAAGCAAUGCGCUCAAGUACAACGUAUCAAACUGGCCAUAUGAUUGGAACUGGAACUGGAACCGUAAUCUCAAGUAUCUGAAUUUUUCGGGCAACAAACGUCUGGAAAUCAAGCCAAAUAUUGCGUCGUUGGGUCCUCCGGCCGCCAAUGGCGCUGAUCUGACUGACUUUAACUCCCUAACCCAUCUCCGUGUUUUGGGACUGAUGGAUGUCACACUCACCAUUCCCACCAUCCCAGAAGAGACUGAAGAUCGCCGUGUGAGAACAUCUGCCUCCUUGGCUGGUACUCUCGCCUACGGUAUGGCCGACUCUCUUGGCAAGACCGAGCAUCUAUCUAUUAUUGAUAUGAUUGUUCCACGAUUGAAGCCAGAUAAUGUGGAAACACUUGUGGGAAUGUUUGACGGACAGACAUUUUCCAGUGGUGGUUCUCGCGUCGCGAAGUACUUGCACGAGAAUUUCACUUCUACUUUCUCGUUUGAGCUUAAGAAACUGCAGCGAGAUCAGGGUGAAACACCAUUAGAUGCAUUCCGACGGUCGUUCUUGGCAUUGAACAAGAACAUGGCAGGCUCUGCCUACAGAUCCAUCGAUGAACGUGAGAUCCGGCAGUACCAUCGAGGAUCGACUGCCGCCAAAAUGCUCAAUCAAGACGACAUUCAGUCUGGAGGUGUUGCUACUGUCUUGUAUCUGAACAACAUGGAUUUAUAUGCCGCCAAUGUUGGUGACGCCCAGGCUAUUUUGAUUCGAUCAGAUGGUUCAAUGCUUUCUUUGACACAAAAUCAUGACCCCGCGGAACCUAACGAGCGCGCACGCAUUCGUGCAGCAGGAGGUUUUGUAUCUCGCACCGGCAAGCUGAAUGAUGCCCUAACCGUGUCGAGGUGCUUCGGACACUUCCCUAUGAUGCCUGCUGUCAUUGCGGCCCCUUCCACAAUGCAUGUUACCUUGACGGAACAAGAUGAGAUGGUCGUGUUAGCGUCAAAGGAACUCUGGGAUUAUGUUACUCCGGAAGUGGUGGUUGAUAUUACUAGGAGAGAACAGCCAGAUUUGAUGUUUGCAGCUCAAAAGCUGCGUGAUUUGGCCAUCUCCUUCGGCGCCACCAAUAAGCUGAUGGUGAUGAUUCUCGGCGUUGGGGAAAUCCAAAGGAAGCAACAACGCCCAAAGCGUCGUCCUUCUCUCAACGACCCGUCUGAAGAGCAACCCAUCGCACCUGUCAAGCGUGCCAAGAAGCGCGAUGGUCCUGGAGAUUCGCGACUCGCGCGCUUUGAAAAUGUGGAGGCUCCCGACGGUGAACUGACUAUCAUGUUCACUGAUAUCAAGAAAUCCACGGGUCUAUGGGAGGUUUGCCCGGAUGCAAUGCGCUCUGCUAUUCAAAUUCACAAUGACAUACUACGCCGGCAACUUGCAAUCUUCGGUGGCUACGAGGUCAAAACAGAAGGCGAUGCUUUCAUGGUGGCCUUCUCAACCACGACCGCUGCAUUGCUGUGGUGUUUCAACUGUCAAAACCAACUCCUUGAAGCCGAAUGGCCUACAGAGAUUCUUGAUCAACCCCAGUGCCGAACUGUCGUUGACAUGGACAAUAAUAUUAUCUAUCGUGGUCUAUCUGUCCGUAUGGGUGGUCAUUGGGGUGAGCCUGUCUGCGCUAGGGAUCCGGUCACAAGUCGAAUGGACUAUUUCGGUCCAAUGGUGAAUCGUGCGUCACGAAUUUCUGCCGUCGCCGAUGGAGGACAGAUAUUUGUUUCGUCAGACUUUAUGACUGACAUCCACCGCAACCUCGAGAUUUUUGCGGAUGCUGAGCGUUCUGCAUCCACCAGCUCGAUCGACAGCAACCACCCCCGUGGCGAUAGCCUCGGUCACAACAUUCGUAAAGAACUGCAACAGCUCAAUAGUCAAGGUUUCAUUAUCAAGGAUCAAGGUGAAAGGAAGUUGAAGGGUCUGGAAAAUCCCGAACCUCUCUACCUUGUUUACCCCUCCGCGCUUUCUGGUCGCAUGAUAUCUUCAGAAGAAUCACAGGAUCGUGACAGCUCCGCUGCAACUAUGAGCCCAAACAACCAACUCGACAUCCAAACAAACGUCAUUUGGCGUCUCUGGGAAGUCACACUCCGUCUUGAACGACUUUGCAGUGCUUUGGAGCAUCCAAAUGAGUCAAGCCUCGGAGAGCCUAAUGUUGCUCUCUUCAAUAUGGUCAAAAGACACGGAGGUGAGUUCAACGACUCGACUGUUCUCAGUUUGGUUGAUCAACAAGUCACCCGCAUCGAGGUAUGCAUCAACACACUCUCCAUACGCCACAUGAUGCGUCCCUUCAAACCAGGCGACACCCUCGGCGACCAUGCCGUACCUAUCGGCGAGGUACUUCAGCAACUACAAACACAAUUCGCCGAAUUCCAAGCUCUCAAGGAGCAAAUGGCCGUUGGUGCUGCGGGCAACAUCGGCGGUCUAUCAACUCAGUAUGGCAAAAUUGGUCAUUCAGACCUCAGCAGCGAGAUUACCUCCUCCUCCUCAUCAUCUUUCCUCCACCUCCCUGGCGAUGCCAAUCGCUCUUCCGAUUCCGGUCACGGUUUCCUCUAA